AUGACUACCACUAUAGCUGCUGUAUUGCAAAAAUCAACUUCGCAAUUACUAGUAAAAGAAGUUCCGGUUGCACCAAUUAACUCCGAUGAAAUUUUGAUUGAAUCAAAAGCUGCUUCUAUUAAUGGUGCUGAUUACUAUCAUAUCGAUUAUGAUUGGGCCCCUGAUGAUGCAAUCAUGGGUUUAACUGUAAGUGGUAUCGUUUUGCAAGUUGGUAAGGAUGUUACGAGGUUUGUUCCUGGUGAUUUUAUAGCCAGCUUUAUCCAUGGCGGUGAUUAUUCCAAUCCUCAAAAAGGUGCCUACUCUAAGUUGGCAAUUGUUCAAGAAGUCUACUCAAUUAAGUUAAACAAGCUCAGUUCAUCCAACCUUCAAAAUUUACCGUCAGGAAAUAUUGAUACAUUUGAAGGUGCAUGUUCAAUUCCUAACGCAGUAGUAACCUUGGGAUGCAGCAUGUACUUUACAUUAGGCGGGAGUUUUCUGCAACUGCAAAAUAAAAGCUUUUUGAUCUAUGGUGGCUCAACAGCAACAGGAUUGGUAGCAAGUCAGAUCGCAAAAAAAUUUAAAAAAACAUGCAACUUUAAUUAA